CAAGAUUCAUCAACCACAGCAAAUCUCACAGACUUUUGCAUACAAGAGAUGACACAACCAUGGAACUACAGGGAAUUGGAUUGGCAAUGGAUGCUGGAGGCAUGGUAUGUUUUGUUUCUUCCAACUGCAAGGGUUCCAUUGGCCAUGUUGCAAGCCAUGGCGCGUGAUGGCUCAAUCCGGAAUCCUGCAGCACGUACAGCGUUUCUUCUCCACGUAUUUCGUUGUGAUGCCAAGCUCAAGACCAGUCGCAGACCAAAACACGUCAGGACCACCCCGCACAGAGGCCUUCAAUUUGAUCCUUCUCUGCAAAAAAUCCUCAGACUCGUCGAGCGGUUUUCGCUUUUGCGACUGAACUCCAGCCAUGUUGCGACCGGACCACCUCUUUCCCCAUGACCUGGCCAAUGAGCACCACCAGGACCUGUCGAGAAAUGUCGAAGAGUUGCAGGAGCAUGGCUUGGCACUCUCCCGCCGCAUCAGCAGCCACAGCGAUCUGGCGCGACAGGUCUCCAUGGUCUCGAGCUUCCAUGGGGACAAGGUGGAAGACCUACAGCCAGAGCACAUUUGUGCGAUCCUGAAGACAGAUCCCAACAGAGGCCUCUCCGUCGACAAGGCGGAGGAACGCUUGAAGAAGGAUGGGCCAAAUCAACUGACUCAAGAGCCACGACUGGGACUCGUGAUGCUCUUCCUUUUGCAGCUGACCAGCUUCAUUAUCAUCCUCCUGAUCAUCGCGGCCAUUGCCUCCAUCGUGGUGAAUGCCACCAAUGAAGGCAGUCGUGAAGAGAUCCUCUCCUACACCACUGGUAUGGCGAUCUUCGUGUUGGUGAUCUUGAAUGCUGGCAUUGCAGCCUACACGGAGCACCAAGCGGGCAACGCGCUGGAUGCGUUGGCGAAGCUCUCGCAGCCCGAAGUCUCGGUGCUGCGGGGUGGUGAGCAGGUGAGCAUCCCCACGGUCGACGUGGUGCGUGGGGAUAUCAUCAUCCUGGAGACCGGUGACGUGGUGCCCGCCGAUCUGCGGCUGAUCACCGCGCAGGACCUGAAGGUGGACGAGAAAGCUUUGACUGGUGAGCCAGAUGAUGUGCCCAAGAACACGAAGAUCAAAGAGCAGACCAAGCUCACGCCGGAGAACAUGGUCUUCUCUGGCUGCCCCGUGGCCAAUGGCAAGUGCAAGGGAGUGGUGGUGGCCACCGGAAUGGACACGCGCAUUGGGGACAUUGCGAAGAUGAUGGCCAGCGAGGAUCAGGAGGGCGGUGGAUGGUGCAGCUGCCUACCCAAGAGCGCUGAGAACAAGACGCCGCUGCAGGAGAACAUUGAGAGCUUGGGUGCUCGAAUCGGUGUCCUUGCCAUCCUCAUUUGCGCCAUCGUCUUUGUCAUCGGCCUGGCGAUCGGCACCAAGGACCCGGAGUAUCCCGAGAAUCCGAGCUGGAUCUACAUGAUCUUGAUUGCAGUGACCCUGGCCGUGGCGGCCAUCCCGGAGGGCAUCCCCUUGUGCGUGACGAUCUCCUUGGCCAUUGGAUGUCAAGAAAUGGUCCAAAAGAACGUGCAGGUCCGCAAGAUCGCCGCCGUCGAGACGCUGGGCUCGGCCUCGGUGAUCUGCAGCGACAAGACGGGAACCCUGACGGAAGGCAAGAUGACCAUGACAAAGAUGUGGUCGGCCGGCGCGGAGUACAACGUCACCGGCCAAGGCUUCGACCCCACCAAGGGUGCUAUCUUCCGGUCGGGUGUGGUGAUGCCGCCGGGCACCAACAGCAACCGAGAUCCAGGGGUCCGGAGCACGCUGCUGGCGGCCCUGCUCUGCUGUGAUACCGAGCUCUUUUGUGAGGAGGACGCGACGUCGGGGGAGAAGACGUGGCAGUACCGCGGCAACAGCUCGGAGGCGCCCAUUGUGGUGGCCGCGCGGAAGGCGCAGGUGGCGCCCAAGGAGGGUGAGUACCGCCGGCUCCUGACCAUCCCAUUCUCCUCCUCGCGGAAGAUGAUGCUCACUGUCACGGAUGUGGCAGGGCGCGUGGAGCUCUGCCCGAAUGGCAUGCCGCUGCCUCCGCAGACGACGGCUUUUACGGUUUGCAAGGGGGCUCCGAACUGGAUCAUCCAGAACUGCACCAGCAUUCUGCGUGAAGAUGGCACAGUAGCUCCUUUGUCAGAGGUGGAGAAGCAGCAGAUCAAUGCCAGAGUGGUUGAUGCGUACUCCGACCUGGCGUUGCGGGUCUUAGCAGUGGCCGUGGGAUGCAUUCAGCAACCGCCUUUGGACUUGGAGAGUGAGGACAUUCCCGUGGAUGAAAAGUUCGAAGUGCUCAAGUCGGGCCUCACCUUGGCGGGGCUGGUGGCCUCGAUGGAUCCGGACCGCGAGGGCGUGCAGGCCUCCGUCGUGGCUGCACGGGGCGCUGGGAUUCGGGUGGUCAUGAUCACCGGUGACUACCUGAAGACGGCCAUUGCCAUUGCCAGGCGCGUGGACAUCUUGCAGGAUGAGGAUAACGUCGCGUACUCGGCUGUGGACUGCAACUCCCUUCGCCCUGCGGACGACCAGUACCUCUCGGAUGAGAAGAUUGACGAGAUGACCUCCCGCGUGCGGGUCUUCGCGCGCGCGAAGCCCGCCGAUAAGCUGGAGAUCGUGAAGUCGUUGCAGCGCCAGGGCUUGGUUUGCGCCAUGACGGGCGACGGCGUGAACGACGCGCCGGCGCUGCACGAGGCGCGCAUCGGCGUGGCCAUGGGGCUGCAGGGCACCGAAGUGGCCAAGGGCGCCGCAGAGAUGGUUCUAACAGACGACAACUUCACCUCCAUCGUGAAGGCUGUGGAAAAGGGCCGUGCCAUCUACGCAGGCAUCCAGAAGUUCGUGGCAUUCAUCAUGUCCGUGCACAUUGCUGAGGUCAUCCAAAUCUUCUUUUGUGUGGUGGUGUCAAUGCCUUUGAUGAGAACCCCCUUGCAGAUUUUGUUCCUCAUUUUGGUCACAGAUCUGCCUCCGUCCAUUGCCCUUGGCAUGGAACCUGGAGAGAGGAACAUCUUGGAGCAACCUCCACGGCCGAAGCAGGAACCCAUCGUGCUCGGCUGGAUGUGGGUGAGCAUUUGCUUAAAUGGGCUGAUUCUAUCUGCUGUGAUCAUCGGGAUCUAUGUCGUGGCCUUGCAACACUACCUGGGAGUGGUCUUCCUGUCGGAGAUCCUCACACUGAAAAGCACGGGAGGAGCCGGCGGAGGAGCCUCGCAAGCGGAGCUGGAUGAGAUCGACCAGAACUUGGCGCGUGCGAGAACCGUGGCCUUCAUCUCGUUGGUCUUCUGCGAGAACGUGCGCGCGUACAUCUGUCGCUCCUUCAGUGAACCUGUCUGGGUGGACCUCUUCACCAAUCCGGUGAUGCAGAAAGCCGUUCUCAUGGCGCAGGUGGCGAUGCUGUGCGCGGUGCUGAUCCCCUUCUUCUCGACGGAGAUCUUGGGGCUUGAUGGUCUAAGCAUUGGCUGGUGGGGAUGGCUCUUCUCCCUGGUAGGACCAGCGGCCACGCUGGUGCUGUGUGAGCUCUGUAAGCUCUUGACGAAGUGGCAGAUGAAGAGAUACCAACGUCAGCUGAAGUUCCAAAGCGAUGAAGGCCUCGAGACCGAGGAAGAGACCGAGUCCAGCGACUCGGAGCUCGGGCGCAGGUGAUCUAAGUGUCAUGGCGCGGUCCUUCACCCAUGGUGGUGAGAGUGAGAGGGAAACGUGUAGUGUGUCUUAGUGUGUAGUCAGCGAUAUGAACCUGAGCCAUCAAUUGCAGUGCGAUUCCAGCGAGUCUUAAGAUCCC